AUGGAUGAGGAUGCUGUAGGCGGCUCGCUGGUAGAGGACCCAACUAUGUCCAACUUGCUUGAACAUGAUGAGGCCAAACCCGACGUUCUUACCCCCUCGAUUGACGACAUCAAGAGCGCCCUCUACAGUCACUGCGUAGCCCAACCCCCCGAUACUGUCUUCAGCCAAGCUGAUCUGUUGGCGACUCAAAUGAUUCCCAACAAUGCAUUAAUGACAUUACAGCUCGCUGCAUCGGCACUCACAAAAAGCGGGAAAUUCCAGCUCAUGCAACGCGGUGGUGCCGCAUGUUGGCGCUGUAUCUCCCCGACCGUCACUGUGGCCCUCGAGGGCCUUGACCCAGAUGCCAAUGUCGUCUAUGCUUAUAUACGUUCGUCUGGCAGAGACGGAAUGUGGACUGGACAUCUCAAGUCGCGCACAAAUCUGCCGAAGACAGUCAUGGAUAAAGUGCUCAAAUCAUUGGAACAGAAACGCUUGAUCAAGACAGUCCCAAACUACAAACAUCCAGCGCGUAAAACAUACAUGUUGUCAGGCUUGCAGCCGGCUGAAGACCUCAUUGGCGGCCCAUUCUUCGCUGAUGGUGAGCUGGAUGAAGAAUUUGUAAGGCAGAUAAGCUUCUGGAUUGAUCGCUGGAUUGUCGCAAAAAGUUGGUGGUUUCCAUCUGAGAAAUGGCAUGGGAAAAAGAGGAGGCAUGCUGAUCGGGAAAUGUCGGAGGGGCCAGUCUCAAUAGAAGACGCCGAGGCGUCGGGAGCGAUGGAAGUAGAGAGGCUAGCAUUAACGGAAGACCACGGCAGACAACGCACGAAGCAUAUGCGACCCUUUCCUCCAAAUUAUAAAAAGUACCCCUCUAUAUCGGAUAUUACCACUGCUGUCAAUAAGAGCAAGAUCAGUAAGACUACGAUGAAAAUAUCUGAUGCUCAAACGCUGGUAGAUAUACUUGUGUGGGACGGCAGAUUACAAAAAUUGAGGAAGCAUAGCAAAGAGAGUGGGAUCAAGUACAUUUAUCGAGCUGUCAGGAGCCCGCUUGCCGAACAAGAUGGCCCCGAUAUGGGAGAGGUGACCAAGCCAACUGGAUUAAACGAGGCUCCAUGUGGGAGGUGUCCUGUCUUCGAUAUUUGCGAGGACGGUGGACCUGUGAGUGCGAGAAACUGCCCGUAUUUUCAGAAAUGGCUAGGGCUAGAGCUUUGA